AAUUCUGCUUCCAGUUGCUGGAGCUCAUCCCUGUUUGCACCUCCUUCGUAUUCAUCACCAUUUUUCCCGAAUGAAAACCAGCAAUAUUUUAAUACCCAGUCUAAUUUUUACACCAAUCCCACCAACGGGCAGCUCUUCUCGGAUUCCAAUUUCGCACCUCAUGGCCUUGCUGAUUUCUUACCCAGAAAUGGCGACUUCCCUCAGGAUUCUGCAUACAACGAACUCUCCAGCAAUUCCCUCUUCUCCUCUCCCGCCGACUCCCUAUCGGAUAUUGCCGAUGCUCAGGAAUUCCUGCCUGCUGACAGCCUCAACCAGGUGCCAACGAUAUGGGACGUCAAUGUCAGUGUGCCACAACAGAACCAUAUAGAGUCCCAAACUCAGGUAGAAGAGGAAGAGGAAGGUGAUGAUGACGAAACAGAGGAGCUGGGUCACACAGAGACGUACGCCGAUUAUAUCCCUUCCAAAUCGAAAAUUGGGAAGCAGCACCCUGACCGGGUGGUAGAAACCAGCACGCUUUCCAGUGUCCCUCCUCCAGAUAUCACCUACGUCCUCUCUCUCCCCGACUCGAUUGCCGAAAACGGGUCGCUCUCUGCACUGCAGCUGGAAGCUAUAAUUUACGCCUGCCAGGAACACGAAAACUUACUUCCAAACGGGCAGAGAGCCGGCUUCCUAAUAGGAGACGGUGCGGGUGUAGGGAAAGGGCGGACCGUUGCAGGGAUCAUCUAUGAAAAUUAUCUGAAGGGAAGGAAGAAGGCUCUGUGGUUCAGCGUCUCCAAUGAUCUGAAAUACGACGCCGAGAGGGACCUGAAGGAUAUCAAUGCGCCUAACCUUCCUGUCCAUGCUUUAAACAAGAUUAAAUACGGCGACACGGCUACCUCGGAGGGGAUUUUAUUCGCCACUUAUUCCGCCUUGAUCGGUGAGAGCCAAGCGGGCGGCCAGCACAGGACCAGAUUGAACCAGAUUCUGGAUUGGUGCAAGGACGAUUUUGAUGGUGUUAUUGUGUUCGACGAAUGCCACAAAGCCAAAAAUGCCACCUCUACCAAGAUGGGCAAAGCAGUAUUGGACCUGCAGAAAAAUCUGCCUCAGGCAAGGGUCGUCUACGCCAGUGCCACAGAGGGCCAUUUUCCCCCCUCUUUUCUCCUGAGGCCCAAGCAAUAUGGACUUUGUAAUACUUGCUGUAUGGGUUUGUGGGCGGAAGCCCUGGUGGUUUUCCAACAGGCGGCAGACCUGGUGGGCCUGGAGUCUCGGAAGUCUCUCUGGGGACAGUUCUGGGGGGCUCACCAGCGCUUCUUCAAGUACCUCUGCAUCGCUGCAAAAGUCCGGCGCCUGGUGGAGCUGGCCCAGGAGGAGCUCAGCAAGGGCAAGUGCGUGGUCAUCGGGUUGCAGUCGACGGGGGAGGCCCGCACCCGGGAAGUCCUGGACGAGAACGAGGGGCACCUGAACUGCUUUGUGUCGGCGGCCGAAGGCGUCUUCCUUUCACUAAUUCGGAAGCACUUUCCUUCAACCAAACGAAAAAGAGAAAGAGGAAGUGUCCUUAAAAGAAAACAGAAACAGAGAGUCCGAAGCCUUAACAAAGUGAUGAGAACCACCUACGACCACUACGGCGGCAGCAACAACGACAUCAUCAAGAUCAGCUCCGACAGCAGCACCGAUUCCGAGCCCUGUCUGGAGAGCGACUUCAACUCCUCUCCAGAGUCUCUCGUGGAGAUGGAGGACGUGGCCAGCCGAUACAGACCCAUCAAUGGCGCCAUGGGUCACGACCCAAUUGGCAUCUACUGGCUGCACUCCCAAAAGGAGAUGAACGGAUCAGGAACUCUGGAAUGCGUGGAGAACAUGAAGCAGGAACUGCUGGCUAAAGUGAAGGCAUUGGGCAAAGAACUACCUCUUAACACCUUGGAUGAACUGAUCGACUACUUUGGAGGCCCCGAAAAAGUAGCAGAGAUGACCGGGCGGAAGGGACGAGUCAUGCGGAGGCCCGGCGGCACUGUGGUCUUUGAAUCGCGAGCCGAGCAGGGGCUGUCGAUCGACCACGUGAACCUCAAGGAGAAGGAGCGUUUCAUGAAUGGAGACAAACUCGUUGCAAUAAUCUCGGAAGCCUCUAGCUCAGGGAUUUCUCUCCAGGCAGACAGACGGGUAAAGAAUCAGAAACGUCGGGUCCACAUGACGCUGGAAUUGCCCUGGAGUGCUGACCGAGCAAUACAGCAGUUUGGCCGCACUCACCGUUCCAACCAGGUUUCUGCUCCUGAGUACAUUUUUCUCAUCUCUGAACUGGCUGGCGAGCGGCGGUUUGCGUCUAUCGUGGCAAAACGGCUGGAGAGCCUUGGUGCCUUAACUCACGGUGACCGAAGAGCGACUGAAUCCCGGGACCUCAGCAAAUACAACUUUGAGAAUAAGUAUGGAAUCAAAGCACUCGAUAAAGUCCUGCGCACCAUUUUCCAGCAGACUGAGAGCAAAGUCCCCGUGCCAAAGGGUUAUCAAGAAGGAGAUGCGGCUUUUUUCAGUGAAAUGAAGCAAUCCCUCCUCUCCGUGGGAAUCUCGUGCAAGGAGAUGCGAUAUGGCUUCAUGAGCAUGGAGAAAGACUGCUCCAUCACCAAGUUCUUAAAUCGCAUCCUGGGCCUGGAGGUUGACAGACAGAAUCUGCUCUUCCAGUACUUCAAUGACACUUUUGACUACCUGAUAGAGAGGGAUAAGAAAGAUGGCAAAUACGACAUGGGGAUUCUGGACUUGGCUCCCGGCAUUGAUGAAAUCUACGAGGAGAGCAAAGAGGUUUUCCUAACGCCAGGCCACCCACAAGAUGGCCAGGUGGUCUUUUACAAGAUUAGCGUGGACAGAGGCUUGAAAUGGGAGGAGGUCUAUGAGAAGUCGCUUCACCUGACGGGCCCUAAUGAUGGGUUCUACCUGUCCCACAAGGUCCGAGGCAACAAAUACAUUUGCCUCUUAGCGGAACAGACCCGUGGGAAAUACUUCACCCUCUACAAGCCGAACAUCGGGAAGCAGAGUCAGCUGGAGGCCAUGGACAGCCUUUUCAAGAAGUACCAGCCGGUGUCGCCAGGAGACGCUCAGCCCCACUGGGAGAGCAGUUACGAUUUCUCCCUGAAACACUGCAACCAUGCUGUAUGGAACAGGAACUGCAAGGUUGUCCAGGAGGGAAAGGAAUGUUUCCAAGGAACACGUUUACGCCACUAUUACAUGCUCUGCGGGGCCCUCUUGCGGGUCUGGACCAAAAUCGCUGGCAUCAUGGCUAAUAUCACCAACACCAGCUACCUGCAGAUCGUCCGCCUCAAGACCAAAGAGAAGAAGAAGCAAGUUGGGAUCAAGAUCCCGGAGAACUGCGUCCACCAGGUGCUGAAGGAGUUGAAGCAGAUGGACGAGAACAUCAAACAGAAACAGAAGCAGAUGCAGGCCCUGUUGGCCCCCGUGAUGCCCAGCCAGCCCUACCCACAGCUCAUCCCACCGCUGGACCUCAGCCAGUCCGCAGGAUUUAUCCCUGCCCAGCAUCCUUCCUUGCCGCAGGACGAGGUCUGGGAUCUGACCAACAGCCCGCCCGGGGAAGGUCUUAGUGACUUCUGGACAGACCCAUCUCCUCCUCCUCCUCCGCCUCCUCCUGCGCUGCUCCCAUCGCUCCCCGCUGCCCCCGCCCAGUUCGGCUUCCACGCGCCCUACGACACGGCAGCGCUGGUGGGCGGCCUGGCACUCAGCGGCUCCCCCUCUCAGCACGAACCUUUGCCCCCGACGCCGGCCCUAACCCUACCACUCCCCCUGGCGGACAGCUUCUCCCCGGCCAGUCUGAACUUCCGCGAGCUCUUGGAGGAGAUGAUGCUGAACCCCCACGGUUUGGGGGCCGAGAGCAGCGAGCAGGAGCGCCAGAGCGUCAUCCAGUUCAGCGGACCCCUCUCCAACCUCUACGACGCCAGCUGA